UCAUCCAUUCUUCUUCGCUUCCCCUGCUCCUGUAGAGACCGGCCGGGUGGAUUAGCUAGCUCGGUUAGUUAGCAGAAACAAGAUCCUAAAAAUCACUCUCUGUCCUUAAACAUGUCUCACCCAAUCCCGUCUGACAAGCCUUCAAACCAAGAAAACCCCCGGGUCUACUUCGAUGUAGACGUUGGAGGAGAAAAAGCUGGCCGAAUAGUUUUCGAGCUGUUUGCUGAUAUCGUCCCAAAAACUGCUGAAAACUUCAGGGCUCUCUGCACUGGAGAGAAAGGCAUUGGCAAAUCGACUGAGAAACCGCUGCACUUCAAAGGAUGCCCGUUCCACAGAAUCAUCAAGAAGUUCAUGAUCCAGGGAGGUGACUUCUCCAAUCAAAAUGGCACUGGGGGUGAGAGCAUCUAUGGAGAGAAGUUUGAGGAUGAAAACUUCCACUACAAGCAUGACAAAGUGGGUCUGCUAAGCAUGGCCAACGCCGGGCCAAACACUAAUGGCUCUCAGUUCUUCAUCACUACCGUCCCCACUCCACACUUAGAUGGCAAGCAUGUAGUCUUCGGACAAGUGUUAAAAGGGAUGGGAGUCGUAAAAAUGCUGGAGGCCAUUGACACUACCGAGGACACCCCCAUAAAGCCGUGCGUCGUAGCAGACUGUGGUGAGCAUAAGGACGAGGACAGCUGGGGCGCUGCAUCGAUGGAUGGAUCAGGGGACGUCCACCCAGACUUCCCCGAGGACUCCGACCUCGACUUUAAAGAUGUUGACAAAGUUCUGUCUGUUGCUGAGAAUGUGAAGAAUAUUGGAAACAGUCUUUUUAAGAAUCAAGACUGGAAAUCUGCAGUCAACAAAUAUAGCAAAGCCCUCAGGUACCUGGAGGUGAGUGGAGAGCUGCUGGAGGAGGUGGCACAGCAGAAGCUGGAGCCCACAGCCCUCAGCUGCUUCCUCAACACAGCAGCAUGUAAUCUGAAGAUGCAGCUGUGGCAGGAUGCUCUGGACAGCUGCAAUGAGGCUCUAGAGCUGGACCAAGCGAAUACUAAGGCACUUUUCCGGAGGGCCCAGGCCUGGCAGGGGUUAAAGGAAAACAGCAAAGCCAUGAUCGAUCUGAAGAAAGCUCAGGGAAUAGCUCCAGAAGACAAAGCUAUCGGCAACGAGCUGAAGAGGGUUCAGCUUAAAAUCCAGGAGGAGAAGGAGAAAGAAAAGCAAAUCUAUGCCAGAAUGUUUCUGUGAACAUUUCACCCAAAAUGAUGCAAUGAAUUCUUGUGAGUAACGUUUAUCAAUAUUUGAAGUCAUCUCUACGUGGGGGAAGCUGCACCCAGAUAAAGGCGUUCUGUAACCAGGUGAAAAUGUACAGUAUUUUCAGUUGGUGGGUCCUUUCAUGUUUUCAAGAGGGCACAUUUCUCACUGUGUUGUUUUAAGGGAAUAACUGUUGUAAGCUUUGACCUGUCUUAAUUCUGACAAGUGUCUUCACUGUAAUGAAUAGUUUGAGUGUUAGUCUUGAUGCAUGGCUGACUCCACUGCUCUCAAAAAACUGGGUUCACACUUUAUACCGGUCCUUGUUCUGGGGUUUUGAAGUAGUUCAGCAAAGCAAAAGUUGUCUAUGUAUUGUUUCAUGGAUUUUGAUACAGUGCCCCUCAGCCUCAUACAGUACAUCCAUCUGUUUUUAUUUAUGUUUUUUACAGAGUUCAAUAAAACGAUAACAGUCAAGAGUUCUUUAUUCAUUACUGUGAUAUUAUCAUCUAAUGAUUUUAUGUACAAUACUGUGUGGAUGAAAUGCUGUCCAAAUAUACCUGGAAUAAAUGAAAUAAAGCUUAAUUUGAGAA